AUGGUGGUCACAGAUACUACCCCGUUCCCGGUCUUCUCUCUCAGUUCUCUCUCCCCUGUUUUAAUUGAGAUUGACGACCCGGAACAAAACAUUAUUUCAGUUUGGCGCCUAAUGUUCCACAAUUAUUUUGAUGAUUCAAUCACAUUCGUCCGUAGCGUUUUAAUCUUGGCCGUCCACGUCACUUUGUUACCUUACUUUGUAACCGAAGUGUGGGUGUCAUGGGCAAAUCUUAAGUUGCACGUGGUCUUUUCCGAUUAUGGGAAAGAGACCGUCAAUUUGACAUUGGCAUCUACUGCAAACAUGUCACGUCAAUCAAUAGUAGGCAAAUUUUGUACGAAACAUCUCUUAAAGGAAGACGUGAAGCGAGAGCAGCGUGCAGGCAACAGCCGGGGCACUGCUGCCGGCGCAAUGGCUUCUGACCGGCGCCGUAUAAGAGAGAGAGAGAGAGAGAGAUGCCUUACAGCCGGGUGGUUUUUUGGGGGCGGGGGCCUGGGGGCUAGUUCAUCUGCUACUACAAUAUCUGCUAAUGUCAAUUCAAUUCCCAUACUUAAUGGAACAAACUUCAAGGAUUGGAAAGAGAACAUAUUGAUUGUUCUUGGCUGCAUGGAUCUUGACCUUGCACUUCGGGUUGAGGAACCCACUCCUCUUACGGAAGAAAGUUCUCCUGAUGAAAAGAGGAACUUUGAGAGGUGGGCUCGCUCAAAUCGCAUGAGUCUAAUGAUCAUUAAGCGCGGCAUUCCGGAAGCCUUUAGAGGUGCAGUAUCCGAAGGGAUAACUAAUGCCAAGGAGUUCCUUGUCGAAAUUGAGAAGCGUUUUGUGAAAAACGAUAAGGCUGAAACAAGCACGCUUUUGCAAAGCUUGAUUUCAAUGAAGUACAAGGGUAAGGGAAACUUAAGGGAGUACAUCAUGGAGAUGUCUCAUAUUGCUUCAAAACUUAAAGGUCUAAAGCUCGAGCUAUCUGAUGACUUGCUCGUUCAUUUGAAGGAGAAAUGGUCUUUAAAUGAGCUCAUUUCAUAUUGUGUGCAAGAGGCAGAAAGGUUAAAGCAAGAAAGAACUGAAAGUGCUCACUUGGCAAGCACUUCUAAGGAUAAGGGCAAGAAAAAGAAGAAGGAAUAUGAAGCUGCUCCUAAGGGUCCAGCACAAAGAUACUUGUUUCUUUUGCCAUCAGUCUGGACAUAUGAAGAAGGCUGUGCCAAAUAUCACGCAUGGCGUACAAAGAAAGGUACACUUCUUACUUUGGUCUGUUCCGAGGAUAAUUUAGCUUCAGUACCUAGAAACACUUGGUGGAUAGAUUCUGGUGCUACUACUCAUAUAAGUGUUUCUAUGCAGGGCUGCCUGAACUAUCGAAAGCCAAGUGAUGAUGAAAGAUACAUCUAUGAGGGUAAUGGCAGAUCGGUGGAAGUUGAUGUAAUAGGGACUUUUAGGUUGUUAUUAAGAACUGGUUGUUAUUUGGAUUUGAAAGACACUUUCGUUGUACCGUCUUUUAGACGGAAUUUAAUUUCUGUUUCUUCGUUGGACAAAUUAGGUUAUUGUUGUUCAUUUGGAAGCAAUCAGUUUAGUCUUUCUUUAAAUUCCAAUAUUAUUGGUAUUGGUUCAUUAUCUGCAUAUGAUAACCUGUAUUUGCUUGAUAUUAUUGCAUCAUAUAAUGAGACAUUGCAUGUGGAUUCACGUGGUACUAAACGUAAAUUAAAUAAAGAAAAUUCUGCAACAUUAUGGCACAAGCGCUUAGGUCAUAUCUCAAAAGCUAGAGUUGAACGACUUGUGUCAGAUGGUAUUUUGGAUUCCCUUGAUUUCACCGAUUUUGAUGUCUGUAUUGAGUGUAUCAAGGGAAAACAGACCAAAACAAGGAGAUUAGGUGCUAAAAGAACUUCAGAUGUCUUAGAAUUGAUACACACAGAUAUUUGUGGACCAUUCCCUACAGCUUCUUGGAAUGGCCAACAAUAUUUUAUAUCAUUCAUAGACGAUUACUCACGUUAUGGGUACCUAUAUCUCAUACAUGAAAAAUCUGAGUCACUGGACAUGUUCAAAACUUUUAAAGCUGAGGUUGAGAAUCAACUCAACAAAAGGAUAAAAAGCGUUAGGUCUGAUCGUGGUGGUGAGUACUACGACAGAUAUGACGGUUUAGGUGAACAAUGUCAGGUAAACAAUGUCCAGGACCAUUUGCUAAAUACCUAG